CUGGCGGGAGUUCUACGCAUGGUACAUAGUUGCUGAACAACUUGUUGUUUGUAGCUGACUUCAGGACUUUUUACACAACAUGAUGGCUACAAAUGAAACAGAAGUGUGUACGCGAAACGGCGACGAGGAGAAACACUCGUCAAAGGUGAACGGAGCAGCAGCGGAAGGGUUGAGCCCGUCCAGGCUGCAGAACGGAGGAGCCGGCACCGCCAGCAGGUUUACCUUCAGCCCCCAGCCCACCAUGGAGGACAUACGGAGAAUGCAAGCGGAGUUCACGGACGAACGGGACUGGAACCAGUUCCACCAGCCCCGGAACCUGCUGCUGGCCAUGGUCGGGGAGGUGGGAGAGGUGUCGGAGCUGUUCCAGUGGCGGGGGGAGGUGGCCGAGGGUCUGCCGAAUUGGACCGAAGCCGAACGGGAGCAGCUCGCCCACGAACUGAGCGACGUGUUGAUCUACCUGCUGGAGCUGGCGGAGAAGUGCCACGUUGAUCUUCCACAGGCGGUGCUACGGAAAAUGGCUCUAAACCGACUUAAAUAUCCCGCCAGCAAGGUCCACGGUUCGGCCAAGAAGUACACGGAGUACCAGGACUGAGUUGGACUGGUGUCACUCGUGGGACGUUGUUUGUAAUGAUGGCCUGGGUCAAUGCACACUUCAACAUGCUGCUCUUCAACUGCACCCUACCACUGGACCUGCUGCUGUUUUUUUUCAGUCCUUGGCCUGAACUGUUGCAUGUUACAUAAUUCUGAGUGCUCUUAACUUGUUUGUGUGUGUUUGCCCUCCUGUUGAGCACAUUAAGUAGGGCAGGCACUUGACUUGGCUUUUACUCAAACUUUUAAAACCUGCUUUUACUCUGAUCAUUGGUGUGAGUCAGUUAUAGGCACCACAUACUCUGGUUGUUGUGUACUGCAUUUAGGGAGUUUUAGGAACUACAUAUUUCUCGCUCUGCCCUAUUUAGCAGUUGUUCUCUAGUAAGUGAUGCUGUCACUUCCACUAUUUUGGCAUAAACUUGUCCAAUGAAUACUGCACGGUUCAAGCCUGGUGCGGAAAAUUGAAAAGCAGAAAAAUAAGUGAAUAGUUUUGCAUGGGAAGGUUUUGUUUUGAUCUUGUUUUUCUGUCAGAAUUGAAUUGAACUUUCUUGUUCCCAUCACUGUUAAACUUUUUUUUUUUUUUCCCCAAAAGUAAAAGUUGCUUUAAUUCUGUCCCCUGUUUGUUUUUCAUUUGUCAUCUUAAAAAGACACUUGUAAAAGCAUUAUGUACUAACAGCCCACAUUCAUGUGUUCGUUAAAGUGCAGCUGUCUUGUACGUGAUGGGGAUCCUGGAGCUGGUUAUACUUUUCUGAAGCUAAUGUAAUCUACUAAUGCAACAGUGGACAGUUAAAUCCUGAAUUUAAAUGUUUACAUUUGUAAGAGGUUUGGAAGAGUUGAACUUUAUGAUUACUUUGGAGGGAGGAGUUUCAUUUUGGCUUUAUACUGAGAACUUUUUUCUGAACCAACCCAUAAUGACCCAAACCUCCCUGGUGACCAAAUUCAUCUACUGGUAUAAACUGUUUAAUAACUUCAGAUCCUCUAAUCCUAUCAAUAUAUGUAAAUAAUUGUUGUAAAAUACAUUUUGUCAUCU